GAUGCAGUGCAAGUUUUGCCCAAAUGCAAUCCAUUCGCCACCAGAGGGUUGAUUACUAUUCAUUGCACUUGUUGUUUUACUGAUAACGUUUUGAAAAUGACAACUGAAAGUCAACCGACUUCCACGGCCUUGUAGCCGUUACUUUGACAAGCAAAAUAAUAACAAGAUCCCAUUCGCCUCGACAUCCUUCACAAGAAAUUAUCAAAUCGGAUUCAGAGCUGUGCGAUGUCGCGGCACUUGUUGCACGGCCACCUCGCCUAAGCAGCCCCCCAAGAAACCAGUCCCCAGCCAGCGCAUCGUCAUAUCAUUCGCGACUUGUGUGCAGAACCGUUACUCGAUGAAGUGAUGGAGCCACCACCUGAAACCAGUUUGGAGCCCAUUGGGAAUUGCCGAGUGGCCGAAUGUCGACCGAGCUGCGAUGAAGGUUAUGUUUACAAAUUUAGGAGGACGUCGACGUCAUUUUUGUUUUUGCUGCUCCGGUGGGGGGAAUGCAAUUCAUUGCGCUCGCGCCUGCUGAGCGUCAUUGAUCGAUUUUCGUGUCAUCACGACUAUUUUCAUUACGUAUCCGCGUUACGGAACGAGUGGAGAAGAAAAGCACAAAACUGAGCGGUCACGCGAGUUCCCACAGUGGAAAUAUAGUAAAUUUUUUAUGUGAGGACCGUCGAGGUCCACUGAGUGUUUUUGUUUUUAUAUCGCUUGGAAAUUGUGCAUUUGAACUUUGCGUGGCUCUUGUGCUGUUCGUAUCAAAAUAAAGUGUUCCCAUUGGCCCCGAACGUUUAUACCAAGUGCAUGUGUAUCGGAAGGACGUUCCUCGCUGAAAAGAUAUCUUGAAAAUUUUACAGAUCCGGGCACCAACAAGCCACUCCACCAUCGUCCCUCGUUCGAUGGAAGGCCUACGUGCUGAAAACUUCGUACAGUAGCGAGAUUUCCUCUGCAAAACGGAAGAAAUUGCAGCAAAAAACUCCGUCGAAAUGGAGCGCCUUAUCGACCACGAAGACGAAAAGUCUCUACGUUUCAUUCCAGUCGCCAUCACCGACCAUCGCAAGGAUUAGAGCUGGCAUAAAUCGACGGUCGGAAGCAUUGAGUGCAUGCCCCGAUAAGUCUUUUGAAGGUAACCAGAGUUUCCCACGGAUCUCAAAACGACAGCUGAAGCGCUAUGAAAUAGAUCUGGCGACGCCGAUGAGAAAAAAAUUCGACAAUAUGGACAAGAUAAGAGUUGAUGGGUCCAAUGGACUUCGAUUCAAUUUACGGCGCAUAAAAGGCUGCUUCACGCCAGCAGCGGGGUCGCCUUUUAAUGCAUCCAUUAUCACAUCCGCGUCGGAUUGCUUGAUGCGGGUUCCCAAGUCAGGCAUAAAUCCAAACAAAGCUGUUUUCACGAUGGACUCAAGGACAAGUCAAAUCCUAAUUGUUAACAAUAAUGCAUGCCAACUAUUGGGAUAUUCGUCCCGAGAACUGUGUAGUAUGCAGUUUUCUGACUUGCUUACGAAUAAAAAUAAAAGUCAUGUAUGUGCAUUGGCGGAAGGCCAACUAAAUAGUGAGGAUGGGACCAUGGUAUUGUUGAGCGGGAAGGUAGUUGAAAUGAAUACAAAAUCAAACACCAAAGUUGCCGUGUCUCUGUGGAUCCGACAAAUUGAUCAAGAUGGCAGAUGUCUUGCUGUAGCAGAACCUGUGGAAAGACGUGUUUGCCAAUUCGUUGUCGACAAAAAUGGAAUUAUUACGAGCGCGACGACGGAUGCUCUAAUGAUUUUUCAAUUUGAGUCUCUACAUCAGUUCAUUGAUAUGGAAAUCUCGGUGAUAAUUCCAGCGAUAACUCUUCCUGAUGCAGAUAACAGUGUAAUCUCAAAACAAGUGAGGAAACAAAAGGCCACUGGGAAAACAAGUGAUGGGAUCUCGUUCCCUUUAUGCCUAUUGAUAAGUCACCAUGAUCCUGAAUCAGAUACCAAUGAUAGCGGAUUAUCAAAUGCAAACAGUGGCUUGUACUUAAUUACAGUUUGGGUUUUCCAAAAUAUCAGCGGUUUGAUAGUGAUUGACGAAUAUGGCGUCAUUGAAUCUUGCAACCACCACUUCUCGAUGUUAAUGUUUGGAUACGCACAAAGUAAAAUUCUAAAUCAGCACAUAACUAAAUUGAUACCAAAUUUUGGCCAAGAACUAGAAUACCUAGGCAUGACGCGCAGUCGAAAUGCCACAGAAUCGUCACUAGAUAAUGAAUCAGUAACAGAGACGGAUCCUAUCUGUGAGAAAAGCUUCCCAAAAACCGAACCAGAAGUUAGAAAAGUUAUCCAAAGGCCUGUUAGUGAAUCGAUCCGACAUUCAAUAGAUUUCACGAAACUUGACAGCGACAUAAUAGGAAGUGAAAAUAGCAUUGAAAAGUUACUAACAGCCCAGAGUAUGGCAGAAAAAGCAAAUUUUAUUCGAGGCGGAGGAGGUUCGCUAUCCUCUUCUGAUCAACAAUCAAACCUACUAAAGUCCGUGUCAGCUGAUAUCCUUACUCGUGAGAAUGUGGAGAAUAAUAAGAAUGCGGCAAAUAUUAAGAAUAAAACAGGCAAUGCAGUAGAACGACGCAAUUCAAUGAUGAUCAGUGAAGCAAUCGAAAGUACCCCAGACGCAGGGAAUGUAAACGAGAACGACCUACUUACCCCUGUCAACGAUGCAAGCAACCAAUACUCCAUCUCAGCAAAUCUAACGCCAAACAAUCUAGAAUACAACUCAUCAGAUAUUGCGGCUGGGUUAGUUUCUGUAGGCUCGUUUGAAGAUGAAUCUAAAAGCAAUGUGGGUCCUACAACACCGAAUUUCAGUGAAAGUCUACCAAAGUGCGAAUUAGAGUCCGGCCUGGCUGCUUUAACAUCAACUCCCGAUGUUCUGUGUGAGCCAAAACUUAUAUCCUACUCUGAUGGAAAAUACAAAGGUGAAGCAAUUCAUUCCGAUGGAAAUGUUCUAGAUAUUUUGUAUACGAUCUCAUGUCAAACAUUGCCAUGUGGACGGAAAGCUUAUUGCGUCUGGAUAUGUCGUGAUCCAGACACCGUUUACGACUUGGAUGACGAUAUCCGGCAUCAGAACCUUACGUUAACUUUUAAUAGCAUCACAAGUACAAUUGAAAACUCUUUAGGGCAAGCGAUUAAGAAUACUGCUGCUCAGAAUUGUAGUCGGCCCAACUCAGUAUCCCUAAUGUCCCAGUUUGAAGAUGAGGAACAAAUUAGUGGGGAAUUCAGUAAAUACUAUACGACCCUGCGGCAAAUUGGAAAAGGGGCCUAUGGAUACGUUAAAUUGGCCUAUAGGAACUCCGAUCAUUUAUUAGUCGUAGCAAAAUUCAUUCUAAAAGAAAAACUUUGUCCGCAACAGAUGAUACUAACAGAGGACAAGAAAGAGAUCCCUAUGGAGAUCUAUCUACUAACAACUCUCAAGCAUCCAAAUAUCGUCACCGUCUAUGACGUAUUUGAGAAUGAGAAAUUUUUCCAAUUGGUCAUGGAGAAACAUGGUUGUGGAAUGGACUUAUUUGAAUUUAUCGAUCGCCGUCCGAUGAUUGACGAAAAACUAGGUUGUUUCAUAUUCCGGCAAAUAGCAAAUGCCGUCAACUAUUUACACUCCUUAAAUGUCCUGCAUCGUGAUAUAAAAGAUGAGAAUAUUAUAAUCGACCAGAACUUCCAUGUGAAACUCAUCGAUUUCGGAUCCGCCACUUUUAUGGAAGAAGGAAAAUUGUUUUCCACAUUCUUCGGUACUACAGAAUAUUGCAGCCCAGAAGUGCUGGCAGGUAACAAAUAUGCCGGUCCUGAGUUAGAAAUGUGGUCACUUGGUGUAACCCUCUAUGUUUUAAUGUUCUUCGAGAAUCCAUUCCUUGAUGUCGAGGAAACUCUCAGAUCGGAACUCAUUAUGCCGCAUAAAGUUAGUGCCAAUCUUGAGAACCUGCUUUUUUCAAUGCUCGAUAAAAAUCCCCGGACAAGGUGUACAAUGCGCCAGCUUAUGGCCCACCCAUGGGUUAAUCAAGAAAUCAAUCCUGCUGUAUUCGAUUUCGCCUGGACUAUUCCAUGUGAUCCAUUAGAAGCGAAUCCAGAAAAAUAUUUUUCAGAGCAACCAAUGUAUUCUAGUGCUACUGCGCUGUCGACAACUUCGCCGCAAGACAGUUUGUCGUUAGUCGAUGAAGAUUCAAUGAUUGACGGUGAUGAAGUGGCUGACGAUGACAAGGAAGAAAAAAUCAACGGACAAUCACGGGAUGAUUGUUUUGUAUACGAUAAAUGUGAUAAAUCUUCAUCCGUCCAACAACAAAAUAUUGAGAGCAGCAUAUCAUCGCAAUUAACAUCACAAAUGAGUGCAAUGGCAAUCGAUACUUCAGUUGAAUCGCAGCAUUCUCAACCGCAUAAAUCACUAAUGGUGCAUCGAAGGAGUAGCCAGCGUCAACAUCAGCCCAUCCAACUUCACUACCAGCCACCACCAUCGAAUCCAGUGGAAACAACAACAGCAGGUAAAACAGUCAAUGUAAUGAGUUACACAACAAGUACAACGCAAAAUCAACAACAAGCAGAUGCUACCUACCUAACAACUUCAACUAAUGCCAAUACUUGCACUACUAACAGCCCAGUAAAAACUAACAUAAACACAAAAAAUACAUUAACUAGUGAUGCAAAUAACUCAACCCAUAGUUCUUCAACAAGCGGGAAUGAUAGGUCAGAUAGUAGUGUUAAGUUACUACAGGGUAGUUUCCAUCCACCACAAUCGACAGACGUGGAACUGUCCCUCCAGACAGACGAGAAUCGAUGUGAAAUUGGGAAAGUUAUGUGUUUAAGCUGUUCUGCAAGUAAUAGUGCGAAAAAUGAAGCUUUUGAAAAGAUCUCAAACAGUAAAAUGAUCAACAGUCAAUCGGAAACGCACUUGUGUCAGCCAAAGAAGGCAGCUUCCAACAGUGCAACACCAUCACCUUCCAGAGCUAUAAGUGAUUUCAAUAGCGGCGAUUAUACCAGGUGCAAUAUGAACUUAUCUUGUUGUUCAAUUUCUCAGUCGCCGUAUCACGCUAAAAAGACCUACGACAACAAGGCCAUGUGUUGCCCGGAGAAAAUGCUCCUGAAAGCUGAAAAUACUCAACUGAUCUUAUCGAAAUCUGAGAACAAUAUAUGCGAAAAGAAAAUCCGGGAGAAGUUUGCAAUCUAUGAUGUUGUUAGUCUGAAUGACUUGAAUGCAGACGAUCCCUUUCCCCAUUGUAAAUUGAAUGAAAUAUCGAAAGUAACAAAAGUUCUAAAUGAUAUUCACAUGGACGAUAGUGUGGAUUUGAGAUUAAUUAGAAAUGACAGUAGUAGUGAUGUUUAAAAUGUGAAAAAUGUAAGGAAGGCAGCUUUAGCUAACGAAAUUGGUCUAAUUUUUCUAUAAGAUUGGUCUAACGAUUCUGUAACAUUGUUUUUUAAUGUAUAAACUUUAAGCAGUCAAGCGAAUCUCGACGGAAAUUUGUAGUCUUAGGAAGGUAUGGAGGAGCAAGAUUAAGAGAUUUUUGGCUUUUUUUUCUGAAAGAAAAUUUGAGCUGGAGGUUCACAAAAUUAUUCCUUGAAGUGCCUAAGGUUACUAUAUCAGGGAUAUUGAUUUUCACAGCAUCUACGGCACAUAACGUCUCAUUUGUUCAACUUAUUUUUUUUUUUUUUUAAUAGUUUAUUAAAACUCCAACGCAACGACGCAGCUUUCCCGGAAAUCAGUCAUUAAAGGACAUGUUAGUGUUAGCAUUAUCCUAGAUAUUCUUUCAAGAAGAAUUUAUAAGGUGAUAUCCUUGAUGUGAUGAUAAUUCAAUAACAGGGAUGCACAGGGAGAGUGCACCGAACUUAGCAAUUCGACUUUUCAGACAUUGUUUAAUUUUUUCCAAGCUUAGAGAAAGUUUUCGUUUUCCUGUUAUUGUAGGAUUGACAAGGUAAAUUUCUUGCAAUCAAGCCUCCCGUUAGAUUAGGUGGUUAAAAAGGGAUGAUUUCGCCCACCCCACACCUCCCGAAGGCCCGAUUUUUCCACAUAAUAUUCAUUCCGGACCCAAGAUAGAAAGAUAAUGCCACGUAUUCUACAGAAACAGCAAAUCAACUAAAAUCUAGUUAUCCAUUACGCUAAUUUUACUUUGUGCCUACUUACUCAUGUGCAGAAAUGACUUUUUGUGUUAGAUUUAGAAACCAUUUUCAUUCAUUUCAAUUAUGUGGAACCGACCUCAAUUCAUUUCCUCGAUGCUGGUGUCAAUAAAGUUUCCAAUGUAUCGAUUGCACUAAUUGUCGUGCUCAUUUUUGUUCCAAGAUUGACCAAAUAGAAUAAUCUAUCGGGUUCAAGUCUGGAGAAUUUGAGGACCAAUCUUUUUGUUCCAAAGUCACGGAAAACUGUCUCUGUCAAAGUGUUACAGUCACCACGGUUUCAGGACACUCUCUUAAGAUGGGCUUUACUUUUCUUAUCGCUUAAAUCCAAUGGUAUUUUCCCUGAGGCACAAAUGCCUGCCUACACUAUUACUGAAGCUAGAAAGUACCUACGGGCUAUAGGUUUUUGCAACACAUAACUUCUCCUCACCCCUUUGCAGAAGCUAGCGUUGAUUUUAAUGACUGUUGUCAGCUUCAACGGUGAAAAUCUUUUCAUGGCAGUUUUUAAAAGUAUCUAGAAACGAAGCAGUCAAUACAAUUUGAAACUGUUUAACAGAACUUUCUACGCUACAGGGUACUCCAAACCAAAAUGGAUGACAUUUUCUAUUGAACCCCUUCAUAACCUCCAGCCAAGGUAACAUGAAGAACGUCACCGAUAACAAGUAGAAAAAGUAUCGAUGAUGACAAGUCGAGUUUUUUGUCUAAAAGGUGCUGGGGCUAGAACAUUUUGUAUCCUUUUCCGCGAACCUUCAGUGGAAUAAGAUGGCCCCGUUACUUGUCAAGAGUCAAUUAUUUCCUCAUUCAGCUCAAAAAGUGCGUAGUUAAAUCCUGUGGCAUCCACUGUGACGCUAGAGCAAAUUGGGUCUUGAGCAGGCGAAACUAUUCUGCUGGGUACUUACAUCAAAAGGGCGGAACCCAUACUUCCACGGCAGUUAUUGAGAGACUUGGAUUCCAUUCCAUUUUCCAUCUACAUUUUGUCUGUGGACAGCCUAUAAACAAGCGAAGCAACCCACAAGGAGGAGAGACGAGAGGAAAAAGUGGAGGAAAAGGUUCCUGCGUCGUCUCUUGUGGCGUUUUCUUUUUAAUUUUGCAAAUAAAUUUUUCAAUUGAUUAUACAUGUACCUCAAUACCUAACGAUUAAAAAUUUUCAAUUUUUGCCUAAAUUACUAGUCUGAGCGAUCUUUUCGAAAUGUCUUCUUCCGCUGCUUACCGAGUACUUCAAUUAGAGUCAGCACUCGUCCAAAGACUUCACUUUCCGUGGGAACUUUGCACAUCUAGGGAGCGCUUCUCCACUUCUUCCUGGGCAGGGAUCACUUGCCCGUUUGUCUGCUUCCCGUUUAAAUUCAUCAGCGUGGAAAAUCGUUCGAUCGAAAGAUUCAAAUAUCGUAGGACAUACUAACACCAAUUACUGUGACGGUCACGGCCGACAAUUCAUUCACUUGGCACACAAUUGUGUCUGGCCGCAGAACGAGUCCGCGGCAGAGACGAGGAAAACUCUGUCUUACUUCAGUAGGUCGCAUCCUCUUAUUUUCGUUUUUUCCUCCAGGAACCACAGCAUCCAUUGCCAAGAGCCAUAACAGUAGAGAGAGAACCCCUCCCUGUGGACAGCCCCUAAG